ACUAUUCCAAGUCGACAAUUUCUAACAAGACUAAAUAUCUCUAAAAGUCGAAUAGCUGAUAGAAAAUAAUUAAUAUAUCGUUUUGAUAUAACUGAAAUAUGACUGCAGACGAUAGUUUGUAUGACCUACCAAAGCCACAUGCUAAACUAUGCUUUGAUAUUGAAGACUUUGCUAAAGCGAAUUUUGAUGUUGAUCAAUUUGUGAUAGAAUGUCGUAGAAAAGUUCCUCUAGAGUCUUUAAGGGAAGAUUUACAAAAAUACCUGGAUAUAUUACAGGAUUCUAUGGUUGAAAUAAUUAACAAAGAUUAUGCCGAUUUCGUUAGGUUGUCCACUAAUUUGGUGACCCUAGAUAAGUCUAUUAAUGGAUUAAAAGAUCCUUUAGUGAAUAUUCGAGAAAAAUUAAAUGAUUCCAAUGGUGAAUUGGAAGUAAAGGUUUCCGAAAUUGAAAUGAAACUUCAGAAAGAAGAUGAUAUCAGGGAGAAAAAAAAUUUAAUAAGGCGACUUAUGAACAUAAUGAGCUCGGUCGAAAAUAUUGAGGGACUACUUGGUUUAGAAGAAAAUGGCACAAUUUCCGAAAAUGAACUCAUCACAAACGAUUAUAAAUUGGAGAGGGUCGCGUCAAUAUUCAACAAACUGCAGUUCGACGUCAACCAGUGCAGAAAUUGUUCCUUGGUGCAAAAUUUAAGACCUAGGAUUAGUGCCAUAACAAGCGCUCUUCAAUCAAAUUUGGAGACUGCUUUACACCAGAGUCUAAUGUUGAACGAUGUUGCUGUGAUAAGAAAAUGUCUAAGAACAUACGCCCUUAUAGAUAAAUGUAAAGAUGCAGAAGAGCUCUUUCAGUCAGCCAUUGUGUCACCUUACUUUGAAAAGGUCAUUACAGAGGAAUACAUUGCUAAUAAUCCAAGAGGUCUGCAAGUUGUCUAUGAAAGUAUAUUAAACUUUAUUCCAAAACAUUGCAAGAGCGUUAGAGAAGCCGUUAUCGGACCAAAAGAUGAAAAUGCUCAUAUUCCAGGAUUUGAAUUUGUAGUAAAUGCCGUUUGGCCUGAAGUAAUUGGUCGAAUUCUCGAAGAUCUGACGUCAAUUUUUAAUGCUGGAAAUCCAGAAAGAUUUUUUGAGAAAUAUACUCUAAGUAUGGAAUUUGUAACAAAUUUCGAAAAGCAUUGCUCUUCUCAACAAUCAGUGAAAAAGUUACGAAGUUCUCCAGCAUAUCAGUCAUUUAUGAACAAAUGGAGCUUACCAGUUUAUUUUCAAAUAAGAUUUCAAGAAAUCGCUGGUCAGUUGGAGGGUGCAAUAGAAAGUAAUAAUAAUGAAAUGGUCAAAGAAGGAAAAUUCUAUUUGAAAAUUACAGAAAGUCUCUGGCAUUGUUUGAGCAGAUGUUGGGCAGGCGAUGUUUUUGUACCGAGUUUAGUUCAUAGAUUUUGGAAGUUUACUCUUCAAUUAAUAUCUCGAUAUAGCUCUUGGAUGGAAAGUGCCUCUGGUGAUGAAACAAUUUUAACACUAAUAACAGUUGAUGCUUUCUCUUUAAUCGCAAAGCUUCCUUCAUUCUACCAAACCAAAAUUCUCCCGCGACUUCUGGCUCUGGGCCUGAAUGAUUAUAAGCAACUCGAAAAAUCUCUUAACUGCUGUUAUGAAAGUUUAGAUGAAAAAGCAAAACUUUUAUUGAAUAAGGUACAAAGAAUUGUUAUAAACAAAAGCUCGGAGCAGUUAAAGAGUGUUAAUGAGUUACCUCGCCUGUAUAGACGAACAAACAAAGAAGUACCUACGAAGCCUUCGAAAUAUAUUACUACAUUUUGUAACAUUCUAACUGCUUUUGUCAAUAAAGCUGCAACCUUUCUCCCAGAAGAGAAAAAAAAGAGUGUUAUUUUAGAAAUUAUACUAGAAAUAUCCAAUCAAUUUGAACUGGUAACGGAUGAACUUCUUGUAUCCGUUAAGAAAACAGAAGAAAGUCUAAGAAGACUUAAAAGAAAAACUCGCGCUAAUACUUCGCCAGGAAGCAUAUCGGAUGAUGAUAAAAUUCGCAUGCAAAUUAUUUUGGACAUUGACUCAUUUCGCGUUCAGGCCAAAGAAUUUGGCGCAGAGAGUCAAAUUGAAAAUUUAUCAAAGUUAUCGGAUAGGGCGAAAUCUGAUAUGACUAGUUGA